AUAACACCUUUUUGGCGACGAGGAUAAAAGCCGAACGCGGACAGUUUUGAGUUUUUGCUACGGAUUUUGCCGUCGGACUACCACUUCGCAUCUAUGGCUACGAUCGGAUCGCUCACGGAGUUCGCCGAGGGAGACGGCGACUGGAUUGAAUAUGUCGAGAGGCUGGAACACUUUUUCUUGGCAAACGACAUUUCGGACGAAGGAAAAAAAAGGUCAGUUCUUCUCAGUGCGUGUGGAGCGAGGACCUACAAGUUGAUACGCAACCUGACGACGCCUAGGAAACCCGGGGACUUCAGUUUCAAAGAACUGGUGACGUUGGUGCAAAAUCAUCACUGCCCGAAACCCUCCGUGAUUGUUCAGCGGUUCAAAUUCCACACUCAUUCACGCAAGCCGGGAGUUUCGGUGGCUGCGUAUGUGACGGAGCUGAGACAGCUAUCGGAGCACUGUGAGUUUGGAGGCGUGCUGGAUGACAUGCUCCGCGACAGGUUGGUGUGUGGUAUAAAUGAUGAUGGCAUGCAGCGUCGGUUGUUAGGGGAGCCCACACUGGACUUUAAGAAAGCUUUAGAAAUUGCUCAGGCAAUAGAAACGGCAGCUAAUAACACUAAAGACAUUCGGAAAGCUAACAACAAUAUGCAAUCAACCGAGGUGCAUCAUGUGUCUCAGAGUGUGAGGGGCAAACCGAGGGAGCUUUUGGAGUGUUACCGGUGUGGGGGAGCACACUUUGCCAAGGACUGUGUUUUCAAAGACAGUACCUGCCAUAACUGCAAGAAAAAGGGGCACUUAGCCAAGAAAUGCAGGGGCACUAAGGAGAAAUCAAAGAAGGAAUGGAAGACAAAACACAAACUAAACACACAUCACCUGCAGAGCAUGGCGCCUGAGGAGGAUGAGCGUGUUUUCAACAUGUUUAAUCUAGUUGGCUUUAAUAAGUGCCAUGCGGAGCCCAUCUAUGCCACUAUCCAGGUAAAUGGGAAGGAGCUACAAAUGGAGGUGGAUACAGGGGCCUCAGCUUCCGUGAUCAGCCAAGCCACCUACCACAGCUUGUGGCACUCGGGCGGGGCACCAGCUCUCCAAGCGACUGAGAUAAGCCUGAGACAGUACACGGGUGAAUGCAUUCCCCUGCUUGGUGCCAUAGAGGUGCAUGCAGCCUAUCAGGGUCAAGAAGCUGCAGCAACACUACUGGUGGUGGAAGGGGAGGGGCCUAGUCUGCUGGGUCGUGACCUUCUGCAGAAAAUCCACCUGAACUGGAGGGAAAUCAGGUAUGUUACUGUAAUAGCAGAAUUACUGGGAAAGUAUGCUGAUGUGUUCAAGAAUGAAUUGGGCACUCUCCGGGGCACCACUGUGAAGCUGUGUGUGGAUCCUUUUGCCCGGCCACGCUUUUUCAAACCACGCACUGUACCAUACGCCAUGAAGGCCAAGGUGGAAGCAGAGUUGGAGAGACUACAACAGAUAGGGGUCAUUGAGCCAAUAGAGUUCUCGGACUGGGCAGCCCCGAUUGUACCAGUGUUGAAGGAGGACGGAGGGGUGCGUAUAUGCGGUGAUUACAAACUGACAGUAAACCAAGCCUCUCAGCUCGACGCCUACCCUCUGCCUCGAGUGGAUGACCUGUUUGCCACACUGGCAGGUGGUCAGACAUUCACAAAGUUGGAUAUGAGUCAUGCUUACCAGCAGUUGCUGCUGGAUGAGGAAUCAAAAAAAUAUGUGACAAUAAACACACACAAGGGGCUGUUCAAGUACAACCGCCUGGUGUUUGGCGUUGCAUCCAGUCCGGCUAUCUUUCAACGCACCAUGGACAAUCUUCUGCAAAACAUUCCUGGUGUUGCUGUGUACUUGGAUGACAUUUUAGUUACAGGUAAAACAGAAGAGGAGCAUCUGCGUAACCUUGAGCAGGUGUUGAAGAAGCUCUCAGAAGCAGGGUUGCGUUUGAAGCGCAGUAAGUGUGUUUUCCAAGCCCCUAGCGUGACAUACCUGGGUCAUCGCAUCUCUGCUCAGGGCCUGUCCCCGCUGGAAGAGAAAGUGAGGGCAGUAAAGGAAGCCCCGAGUCCAAAGAAUGUAGCUGAACUAAGAUCAUUCUUGGGCUUAGUGAACUAUUAUGGGAAGUUUUUGCCUGACCUCUCCAGCAUGCUUGCUCCCCUGUAUGGGCUACUGCACAAAGACAGUCAGUGGAGGUGGUCCCAAGCACAGGAGAAGGCCUUCAGACGGGUAAAAGAACUGUUACAGUCGGCACCGCUCCUGGUGCAUUUUGAUCCGGAGAAGGAGGUGGUCCUGUCCUGCGAUGCCUCCCCGUAUGGCAUAGGAGCUGUUCUUUCACAUCGCAUGGAAGAGGGGGAAGAGAAACCGGUCGGAUAUGCGUCACGCACGCUCACAGCAGCAGAAAAGGGCUAUUCACAGCUUGAGAAGGAAGGCUUAGCAAUAGUUUUUGCUGUGAAACGAUUUCAUCAGUACCUGUAUGGCCGCCCAUUUACUGUUGUUACAGACCAUAAGCCCCUCCUGAGUCUCUUUAGUGAAACAAAAGGCAUCCCACCCAUGGCUUCAGCCCGGGUUCAGCGCUGGGCAUUAACACUGUCGGCAUACCAGUAUCGCAUUGUUUAUAAGGCGGGACCUGAGAAUGCGAAUGCAGAUGCUUUCAGCCGCCUCCCCCUCCCGGAGGUCCCCGACCAGUCGAGUAUGCCCCCAGAAACUGUGUUUUUGCUGGACAGGCUGGCGAACUCUCCGGUCUGUGCUAAAAACAUCAAAGCAUGGACUGAACGGGAUCCAGAGUUAUCUCAGGUUAAACAGUGGCUGCUGCAGGGCUGGCCAGCAACAGUGGAGCAGGAUCAGCUCAAACCGUAUGCCAAGCGUCAGCAGGAGCUCGGUGUUCAAGAUGGCUGCAUCCUGUGGGGUUCCAGAGUCAUUGUUCCGCCUCCAGGUCGGUCACAGAUUAUUGAAGUGUUGCAUGAGGCUCAUCCAGGGAUUUCUCGAAUGAAAAGUCUGGCAAGGUCAUUCGUGUGGUGGCCGGGAAUGGACAGUGCUUUGGAAGACAAGGUAAAAGCCUGUUCUCAAUGUCAGUCAAACCAAAAAAUGCCACCACCUGCCCCACUCCACCCAUGGGAGUGGCCUGGCCGUCCAUGGUCCAGGCUUCAUCUAGAUUUUGCCGGCCCCUUUUUGGGCCACAUGUUCCUGGUGUUGGUGGAUGCGCAUUCAAAAUGGCUGGAUGCCCACAUAACGCCAACCAUCACAGCCCCAGUCGUUACAGACACACUCCGGAGAAUCUUUGCAACACAUGGAUUACCUGAGGCAGUGGUCACGGACAAUGGGCCCACGUUCACAAGUGGGGUUUUCCAAGAAUUUAUGGAGAGAAAUGGGAUCCGACAUAUCCGCACUGCACCCUACCACCCUGCCUCCAAUGGCUUAGCGGAGCGCGCCGUGGAGACACUGAAAGACGGUCUGAAAAAAAUGCCAGGUCUUUCAAUAGAAAAGAGGCUCUGCCGUUUCCUGUUUCAGUAUCGCAUCACGCCUCAUACCACCACAGGCUUGUCCCCAGCGGAGUUGCUGAUGGGGAGGAAGCCCAGAUCUCAUCUGGAUCUUCUUCGCCCAGAUGUGGGAGCCAGGGUCACCCAGUCACAAAGUGGGCAGAAGGUGAGACAUGAUCUACAUGCCAGAGGCUGUGUUUUCAAGCAUGGAGACUGUGUGUAUAUCAAAAACUUUACAGGUGGUUCACAGUGGCUGCCUGGCAUCAUUCACCACAGUUCGGGACCAGUAUCUUUUGUGGUGGAGUUGUUGGAUGGCAGACGAGUUCGCAGGCACAAGGAUCAUGUGAGAGCCCGCACGGACGGAGCUGGGAAGAGGGCUCAGAGUGGUUUGCACGCACAUGGUGGAAACGGGGCUGUGGACAUUGUGGGGCCUCAGAGUGGUUCACCCGGAGGGGAAGUCAUGUCAGCAGCCCCUGAGAUCGGGAUUGGUUCUUCAGUAUCACCAGAAGGGCUGGUGGAGCAAUCUAAGUCACCUGAGCCGAACCCAGCCACAGGAGCUCAGCAGGCUCCUAGCCUGGAGAACCCAGCAGCAGGACUGAGAAGGUCAAAGAGGCAGCACAAGCCCCCUGAUAGACUGAAUUGUUAAA